AUGACUGUUUCCGUCGCUGUCCUCUCAGGCUCAAUCCCCGCUGCAGACCGUGCUGCAUUAGCCGGUCUUUCUGACGACGCAGUACGCGCAUGGGUGGCCACCCGGGCCCAGGAGUACCGCGACAUCGCCCUCGCCCUCCUCUCCAUCUACAACGCCAUCGCGCCCAUCCACCGUGCCUUCCCCACAGAAGUUCUCUCCGAGAUCUUUUCACACUGUUGGAUAAACCCUCGAAGCAUCGCCGUUGCUCAUGUCUGCCGCCACUGGCGUUCAAUUGCCCUCAAGACUCCCCGCCUAUGGGCCGCCGCCCUCGCCGCACCUGGGAAGCUGCUCUCCCACUACUGGGGAUGUAGAUCCAGCCGCCCCGAUUUUGCAGUGUUCGCCCUCGAACGAUCUUCUCCUCAGCCCCUUCUCCUCAAAGUUUACCACUUCCGCGAUCCCUUCGCCAGCAUGCUCGCCCCACACGCUGCCCGCCUCGUUGAUCUCUAUGUCCGUCUUGACGGUGCAUCGAACCUCUCUCUAUGCAAGUUCCUCGACUCAGGCGCGCCCAAUCUCGAAGUCCUCGGCAUC